ACGUGCAUCAGAUUUGAGGCGCUUGAUAUCUCCUUGUUCCAAAUUACGAAGGAAAGUCAAAUUGGUCCUCACUGCUCGUCUGACUAGUAAAUGAGUCUGACCUUUCCUUUGAUAUCAACACAAUCAACGUCUCGUGCAUUGGGAGCAGCCAUUGUUGUGUCUAAUUGCGAUAAUCUCGUUAUUUGUAAGGUCCGUUAUUGUGUUAGCUUGGAUAUCAACAAGCUUGAUUACGUGGAGGUGUGAACCCCCUCGUAAAUCCACUUACAGUCUUGUCUGGUGGAAUGUAAACAUAUUUACUCAUGGUUUUCGUACUUCUCCGAGACGAGCUUGAUGGACAGGACGAAGGGCCCGGUGAAAUAAUUAGGUAUACCAUCUUCGAGGAAAGGAAAAUGGCAAAUCGCAUCGGGGUUCAAGCUCGUUUAUAAGUUAACAGUUUGGGGAAUAUAUCAAAAUUCUAUUUAUUAAUGCAAUCCGCAUAAUGACUCCGUGACAGCUGAUAUAGAACUGUAAUUUUCAUCUCCCAUUUCUCAUUUACUUCGGUUAAUUUCCUGAAAUACGACAUAAACUUCAAAUUUCGCAUGUUUGCAUUAUUCACAAUAAGUAGAACAACUAUUGCUUAUAUUUAUUUCGUGAUGAAGUUCUUCCAAUCAUCAUUUGAUAUAUUGAUUAUAAAUGUUUGAAUUAUCUGUCCUAAGAAGGUAUAUAUUUGUUUGAAUAUAGAAGAUUAUCAUAAGCAAUUUGGUAGAAAAAUAUUACACUCAACCGUUUACACUUAUAAAUAAUUAUGUCGUAUUCCUAAAUUCUUGAAUUUUCAAUGUUACAUUUUAAUGAAUAUGAUGAGCUAAAUAAUAAUGUGCUCACUUGGCGUCCAUUGAAAAUGGAUAUCGAAAUCAACUCUUUCAUGAAACGAUGCAAAAAGUAUGAAUGUCUUAAUUUUAUUUUUGAAACGUUUCGCUUGUUUGAUUUCACCUUCUUGGUAAUGGUUAACUAUGCGAAUAUUUGUUUAAGCUGCCCGAGCAAAAUCGACACACCCUCUCUAUAAGGCAAAAUAUAACAAUUGCUUGACUUUUCUGAAAUUAUUUAUAUCAGUUCGCUCUAUUUCUAAUUGUUAAAUUUAUCAAUAAUCAUCAGUAAGAAUCUUACAUACACUCCAAAAAAUAUUGGGUAAAAAUAUUCCGUGAGGGUAAUUAUGUGUCCAACCAACAUUAGGCAUUUCUUUUGGGCAUUUUUAUUUAUCCAGUGUGAUGAAAAUUUGGCCAUUCUUAAGUAAUUGCUGCUUAUUUUUUAACCUUACUGGAUAAUAUGCUUCCCGCAUUGCGUAAAAUACUGCCCCGAAUUGGUUGGAAACAAAAUUACCCUCGUGCUGGUUAAAAUUUUACCCAAUUUUUUUUUUUUACAGUGUAGAGGUAAAGUAGUGCAUUCAAAAUUAUGCCUCCAUCUUUUCGACUUUUACGUCAUCAUAUAAACUGUAUAUAUUCAUCGGAUUGCCCCACACGUUUCUGUAAACAAAAAUGUUUAUGUGCAGAUAAACUUUCUAUUAUUUUGAAUCGUCUAUAAAUUAAUUCAAAUUAUUAAUGCAGGAAUAUUGAUGAUUUCGUUCGAAUGUUCAUGAUCUAAUUUUGUAUUCGUAUUUAUUUACUAAGGUAUUUAAAAUAUAAACGUAGUUAUUGAGCGACAUGGAGAAUAUUCGCAGAAAAUGAGUUUGUUCCUUUGCCAAUGAUUAGUGCGUCGGAGAAACCAUACUCGAGACGUAACCAUUAUCACUAUUGUCCAACAGCUGUGGUAAUUGACAAAAGAGCAUUUAUGCGCUUCAUUUGUGAAGCUUUCCAGAAAGGUAUAUCCUCCACCACACAAAACUAUCACUUCUAUUGUGACCGGUAUCAUCAUCAGACAAGCAAACGUAAACGGCUCUAUGCGCGCUCUAUUGUUCUCUCGAGACAGCUUAAUUAUCGACAUUGGCUGUCCCGAAAAGCCACCUAGCGGAUCUUUUCUUAUCAGACAACCGCUAUUCCUGUAAUCUAUUCAAACCCAAUUAUAAUCGUCUCGGCUCAACUUCUCAGACGACCCAUUUAAAUAGAGCCACUCGCACCAUCCCUCUCACUCUCAGAACUAACUUCAAACGACAAACAUCUCCCAGAUCUUACCACUUUCGGAGUAAAAACAAAUCCAGCAUCUUCGAAGUUUUCACAGAACUUGAUUGUUGUCUCUGCGCUUCUUCUCUCAAUAUGGAAUUAUCACUUGGUGCUCCAGUUGUCGUCACGUUUAUGGCUGUUCUGGCCAGCAUCGCUACUGCUGCUCCUCUUGAUGCUGAUUUUGACUUACAAAUGGAUAUUCUUGAUAAGAUUGGAGUUACAGAUCCUUGGAACUUUCCUUCAGUGGAUGCGAGUACGAUUUCGGUUCCCGACCAUCUCCGAUUCCAGUACGAGUCGUUGCAUCGUCAGCAUCGCAUUCGCCGAUCCUACAUCGCGAAAGGAAUUCAUAAAAACGAAGAAAUUUACGGAGAUGUGUCGUACACUGAGCGCAACCGACAGCACUUCACGUUCGACAUGUCCGCCAUCCCCGAUGGCAGCGAGGUCAUCAUGGCUGAACUCAAGGUCUACAAGGAGCGACCCAAUCAUUCCAUCUUCAAACCCGAUGUCGAGGACGGCGAGGGUCCAGCACCCCCACAUCCAGUCAACCACGGCCACGUCCACUCCGCCCUGGUCUCUGUAAAUCAACUCAUCCACCAAGAUAUCGAUUUGAAUUCAGACCCGGCCGACCUAGCAGCUGAUGUUGCCAAUCAACAUAACGGCUUCAGAACCAUUACAAUUGAUCAGAGAGAGGUGAAUCUUAACGGCUCUGGCUGGAAGGUCUUUGACAUCACCAACACAAUCCAGACAUGGGUAGCGGAUCCCGACACCAACCUGGGCGUGGCAUUCCACAUCGAUCCAAUCGAGGGAGCUCAUCACGCCAGGCAGGUGGCCAACGAGAUCGUCUUUGCUACUGACUUUUAUCCCGAGACCCCAACUUCCCCUGAUAGCAGACCAGUGCUUGUCAUCUACACUACUAAAUACAAAGCAAGUGACGAACCAAACGAGUGCCGAUACGAAGGCGAAGAAGAACACCGCUGUUGCCGCCGCCGAAAGUACGUCGACUUCCGCGACCUCUCGUGGACAAGCCGGUGGAUCAUCGAACCAGCUGGCUUCGAGGCUUUCGACUGCUACGGCCCGUGCCACAACCCACGUAGUCGUCACAUCAGGGAUCUCUUCAGUCUUCCAUUCUUUGCUUCAGGAUCCACCAGGAAUGGAGGAGGUGGCCGUCGGACCUGCGGAGCCUCCAGGUCAACGUCGUUGCCUAUGAUGUACUUAGCAGAAACAGCGAGCGGCGCCGUCGAGCUCAAAGUAGAGGAGAUCCCGAACAUGAUCGUCGAAGACUGCGGCUGCUUAUUAUGAUCCACCCCUUACGGAUUUCUAUAUGAACACGAACAAUUCAGUAAUGACUCCUACAAUAUCACAAGAUGAAUUCAUAUCGAACUGAAAGCGACUGCAAAGGAAACCUUUUUAUUUAUAGUGUGUGUUUGCUGUAGUAUGUCUGAAAUAGUCUAAAAGACAAAUACUUAUUGAGUAUAAGAGUAUACUCGUUAUACAUGGGUAUGGUUGCAUUCAUGAGUUUUGCAACGUUUUAUAAACGUGAUAUUAAUGAAAAUCCAAACUGUGUAAAUAUUUUGCCAUAAAUUAUUAUAUAAUCUAUAUUCUAUAAACUAUGUGAUGAUUCCAGCUAUAUAUGUAUUCAUAAUAAAAUGCAAUAAUAUGAUAAAAUCGAAA